AUGAGUCGAACAAAUGUCAAACCAAAUCUCGACGCACGACGUGUUACACAAGAGUUAUUCACACUAACUUAUGGAGCAUUUGUUGCACAAAUAUUGAACGAUUAUGAACAUGUCGAUGAGGUUAAUAAACAACUGGAUAAAAUUGGUUAUAAUAUUGGUGUUCGAUUGAUCGAUGAUUUUCUUGCGCGUAAUCCGAAUGUCGGUCGAUGUCACGAUCUACGCGAAACAGCGGAUGUCUUGGCAAAGCAAGGUUUUAAGACAUAUUUGGGUAUUUCGCCAUCAAUUACCAAUUGGUCAUCAGCUGGCGAUGAAUUUUCUUUAUUAAUCGAUGGUAAUCCAUUAACUGAAUUCGUUGAAUUACCAGAAGGACAAGGUCAAAAGUUAAGUUAUAAUCAGAUGAUAUGUGGAGCGAUUCGAGGUGCGCUCGAAAUGGUUCAAUUGGAAGUCGAAUGUCGAUUUGUGCAAGAUCAAUUGAAAGGUGACAAUGCAACUGAAUUGCGAAUUAAAUUCUUGAAUAAAUUAGAAGAUGCUUUACCCGUUGGUGAAGAUUAA